AUGACAUGGAAUCAGAGUAAAAUGGCGUUAGAAAGUAUGAUCAUCAUCUGUGUAUGGCUGCCAAUUUAUUUUAUCGGUUUUUUUGCUAAUAUAUUUGUUUGUUUAACUAUCCUAGAACAUUUCAAAUUUCGAUCAUCACUAUACCGUUUAAUAUUUAGCAGUGCCGCAUCAGAUGCGCUCGGCGAUGCCUGUAUUUUAGCUUAUUUAGGCAUGACUUUACUCUUAAGCUAUCUCGAUCAUUCAUUACUAUGGCCAGUAGGUAAUAUUAUGUGUAAAGUCUUUGGGUUAUUCAUCUUUGCUACUUAUUUCAUCUCUAUAUUUACAUUAACGUUCCUUAGCAUUGAUCGUUACUAUAGCGUAGUUAAAUUACGUAAGCCAACAUUAUCAACCAAUUGGAGAACUACCAAUGUCGCUUUCAUUACAUGGAUCGGUGGUUUUAUCCUUGCUGCACCAUUUUAUUGGAUCUAUCAUUUACCUAAAAAGCCAUCGCGGUAUUGUGAUUUCGGAUUAAUUAGCACAUUAUGGGGAAGAUUUUAUGCUGCGCUACUACUUAUUGUUAUUAUUUUGAUACCAUUUAUAAUUAUAAUUUAUUGCUAUACUCGAGUAGCUAAAAAAAUUUAUGCUGUUAAUCCCACGUCAAGCCUUAACCAUUCACAUCGAUUACCUCGCGGCUAUAAAGGCGCUAUCCAAAUGAUUAUGGCCGUUACAGCUUCAUCAACAUCUGCUGGUAAUAAUUAUAACGAUAAUUAA